AUGGCUACUGUAAGUCGUCAAGGUCAAGGAGUGCAUGCUGAGCGUAUAAUGAUAGAUAGAUUGAGUAAUCUUCCAGACCCUAUAGCCCACCACAUUUUUUCCUUCGUUGAUCUAAAAGACAUCGUACGAGUGGGCUGUGCGUCCAAAAGAUGCAGACAAUUUCACCUGUCAACUCCAACUUUGAGUUUCAAUUUCAAUGAAUUUCCCGACAUAAAGAAAUCCCCGUGUAGCAAGAGGUUAGAGGUGAUGAAUUCUUUGGAUAGGUUGUUAGCUCAUCGCCGGAACGAUAAGUUAAAACGCUUCCACAUCCAUUGGGUUCCCCAAAACCGCUACGUGGAGGACUGCUCUUGUGAUGAGAGCUUUCGGAUCAUGACGUGGGUCUACGAUGCAGUAAGGUGCAAAGUUGAAGAGCUUGAUCUUGACAUCUGUGUGCAUCAAGAGACACCAUUAGCAUUAUCGUCUUUCAUGUUUCUUUGUGAUUCUUUGAGGUCUUUAUCAGUGAACAUGAAGUGUGUUCUCAAAGCACCGCCCCUCGAUUCGUCAUCUAAUCUAAAACACCUGAAUUUGAGAGAAGUUUGUAUAGUAGACGAGGAGUUUUUCACAUGGAUCUCAUGUUGCUGCAAGUGCAUAAAGGAAUUGCGUCUUCAUGAUAUUUAUGGGGUACAAAAUAUCACCAUCGAAAGCUCUUCUCUGGAAUCAUUUGUUUUUCGGUGUCCCGGUUUGAGUGCUGGCUGCAAUCUCAACAUCUCAGGAGAGAAACUUGAAAGCUUACAUAUCUAUUGGGGAAAUGUUUUUCUUGACAGGAAAUCGUUGUUAAAUCUUUUCGCUCCAAAUCUUAAAUCUUUGAUUUGGUCGGGGAGUUUGUUUUCUCACCAAAAUGUGGGGAAAUUAACGCGUUUAGAGAAGGCUGAGCUUUCUUUGAAAGUUAAGUCUGGAAAAGAGUUCGACAUCAUAUAUGAGAUUCUCUGCAGCAUGCCUGAGGUUAAAGUUCUUAUUCUACACAAAGAGAUCACCAAGGCUCUGUUAAAGGAAGGUCCUAUACCAACACUCUUUUGUGCUCGGAUUCAUUAUUUACAAAUGCACAUGGAGGGCUUGUUUGAUUUUCUGGUCCAUGCAAUGGUCUGUUUUUUUCGAGGAAUGCCAAGUUUGAAUGCUUUGUACCUAAAAUCUGACCAAAUCACCUUCCACCCUGAAGCUAGAUCAUCCGGGUUUGACGCGGAAUUCUGGAAAUUGCAAAACCUUGCUUUUAUUAAGAAACUGAGGCUGGUAAACAUUGAGCUUUCCAAUGGGUCUAAUGGAAUCGAGUUAGCAAGGUAUGUCCUCGAGCAUGCUCAGAACUUGGAGAAAUUGGCGAUUGUGCAUUCACCUGAGCAAUCUAAUGCUAUAGGGAAGUUAAAUGAAAGCAAGAAAGCUCCCAAUGCCAUAGUUGUCUUUGAAGAAGAUCAAGAAAGAGGGACAAGAAAGCAUGGGCCUCGCGCAUUUUGGUUGUUUUCCCGAAUGCUGCAGAGACCUUUUUCUCUCGACUCAAUUUGGUCUCUGAACUUUGAUGACUAUGGCUAUCCUUAG